AUCUAAAAGAUUAUUCGCCAGAACGUUCAAGAUUAGUAACUGCUAUGGGAGGUUGGUGGUUCAUUAUUUCAAGUGCUGUAGCUAUUGGAAAUACGUUUAUGUAUAUUCAAUGUGAAAGUGAUGAAUUGGGACAAGCUCCAACUAUUAGUCACUAUUUUUCAUUCUGGUUUGGAGCUAUAUGGGACUUAUUUGAUAGUAUAAUUUAUUGCUUACUUAAUUAA